AUGGAUUUAUUAACAGCAUACGAUGACUCUGAUGAAGAAGAGUUAACAAAUACAAAUACAAAUACAAAUACGAAUACAACCACAACCACAACAACAACAACUACAACUACAACAGAAACUACACCAACAAUAAAUAACAACAACAACAACAACAAUAAUAAUAGUAAUAAAACUAUAACAUCAUUUAAACCAAGUAAUUUAGCACCAAUAGUAACAUCAAUAAGAGUUGUAGAAAAUAAAAUUAAUCCAAAUGAUAAGAUAUUAUUAUAUAAUCCAACAGUGGAAAGUUUAGAAGGUGAUAUAUUUGGACCAAAGAAACCAUUUUCAUCAAAUGAUAAAAAAUUAGAUCCUAAAUUUAAAAAUCAUACAAAUGGUUUGGUUGAAGAUUAUCAUAUAAAUGAUUAUGCAUUCAAUCAACAGGUAUUAUCAUUUAAAACUAAUGGUUAUUCAGAGAAUCCAAAUAAUAGUACAGAGUUUAUUGGUCAUAGAAAAGAUGAAAAUGAUCAUACCAAAAAGAAUAAUAAUAAUAAUAAAAAUAAAGAUAAAAGAAAAAGAAAUAUAACAGAUGAUCCAUCAAAUGUUAAUGGAUAUUUAGGACCAUGGGGCACCACUAAAGCAGAAUUAGAUUUUAAACAAGGUAGAGAGAAUGAUAUGGUUUCAAUUGAAACUGAUUUAACUGAACAACAAAGAGCAUUUAUGGAUUCACGUGUUAAAAAACAAAAAGGUAAAGAUGAAGAAGGUGGUGAUAUUGAUUCAACUGCGGCAGCUUUAUCAAAUACAUCAAUAUUUCAUGGUAAAUCAAAGAAGGAUUAUAUGGGUAGAUCUUGGGUUGACCCACCAAGUGAUCUUAGAUUGGUCACACCUGAUACAUUUGUACCAAAGAAAUUGAUUCAUAAUUAUACUGGCCAUACCAAAGGUGUUGCUGCUAUUAGAUAUAUACCAAAGUAUGGUCAUUUAUUAUUAUCAGCUGGUAUGGAUAAUACUGUAAAGAUUUGGGAUGCCUAUGGCGACCGUCGUUGUAUUCAAACCUAUAUGGGCCAUUCACAGGCAGUUAGGGAUAUUUGUUUCUCAAAUGAUGGUCGUAGAUUCCUAAGUUGUGGAUAUGAUCGUCAGACUCGUCUUUGGGAUACAGAGACUGGUAAGAUACUAAGUUCAUUCACAAAUGGUAAAAUACCCUAUUGUAUCAAAUUCAAUCCAGAUGAUGAUAAACAAGAACAAUUCCUUUGUGGUGGUUCCGAUAAGAAAAUCAUUCAAUGGGAUAUCAAAUCCAAUCAAAUCGUUCAAGAGUAUGAUCAACAUUUAGGCGCUGUCAAUACAAUUACCUUCUUGGAUGACAAUCGUAGAUUCGUCACCUCUAGUGAUGAUAAAUCAUUACGUGUUUGGGAUUGGGGUAUUCCAGUGGUCAUUAAAUAUAUUAGUGAUCCUUCAAUGCAUAGUAUGCCUGCCGUUGCAUUACAUCCAAAGGGUAAAUGGUUCGCAGCUCAAUCUUUAGAUAAUCAAAUCUUAAUCUAUAGUGCUCGUGAUAGAUUCCGUAUGAAUAAAAAGAAACGUUUCUUGGGUCAUAAUGUUUCUGGUUACGCUUGUCAAUUAGGUUUCUCUCCUGAUGGUAAAUUCAUUUAUUCGGGUGAUUCAACUGGUAAAGCUUUCUUUUGGGAUUGGAAAACUUCAAAAAUCAUUAAAACAAUUAAUGCUCAUAAUAAUGUUUGUAUUGGUAUUGAAUGGGCUCCCUUAGAACCUUCAAAAGUUGCAACUUGUAGUUGGAAUAAUGAAAUUAAACUGUGGGAUUAA